AUGGAGGCAAGAACGAGACUUGGACUUGGAGGCCAAGCUGAGCUUCUUACUCGUGCUGUGGGUUCUGGGGAUUUGAAGGUGGAGGCCAACAAGAGGAGUAAUUUGGAUUGUGAGAUUACCCCUAAGACAAAAGAGGGGGGCCGAAUCUCAACAAAAACAAUUGUUGCAAUCGUUGUCCCAGUCUCUGUUGCCAUUUUGCUAUUUAUUGUGGGCUUCUACAUAGCAAGGAGAUCCAGGAAGAAAUAUGAUGCCAUUAUCGAAACAAUCGGUGAAUUACUGAGGACUAAGAAGUGCAGUACAAGUGAAAUCUCAAUCACAGAAUCAUUACAAUAUAAUCUCACUGAUAUUCAAGCUGCCACGAACAACUUUGCCAUUGGAAACAAAACUGCCACGAACAAUUUUGAUUUGGUCUAUCAGGGUACACUUCAUAAUGGACAAGAAAUAGCUGUGAAAAGACUAUCAAGAAGCUCAGCGCAAGGUACAAAAGAAUUUAAAAAUGAAAUUACCCUGGUUGCAAGGCUUAAACACAGAAACCUGGUCCGACUACUCGGUUUCUGCUUGGAAAGAGAAGAAACGACACUUAUCUAUGAAUUUAUUACCAACAAAAGCCUUGACUACUGUCUCUUUCACCUAGAAAAGCAGCCAUUGUUAAAUUGGUCAAAACGAUACAAGGUCAUAGGAGGAAUAGCAAAAGGACUUCUCUGUCUUCAUGUAGAUUCUCGACUUAGGAUUAUACAUCGUGAUCUUAAAGCCAGUAACGUAUUACUAGAUAGAAAAAUGAAUCCAAAGAUUGCUGAUUUUGGCUUGGCAAGGCUCUUUGAAGUUGAUCAAACUGAAGGAAAUGCAAGUAAAAUCUCAGGUACAUUGAAAGUUCUCACCCUUAUGUUUGGCUAUAUGGCUCCUGAGUACCCAUUGCACGGCUUGUUCUCUGUAAAGUCAGGUGUGUUUAGUUUUGGUGUUUUAGUUUUAGAAAUUCUAAGUGGCAAGAAGAACAGUCAAUUCUACCAAACUCAUGGAGGAGAUGACCUUCUAAGUUAUGCUUGGAGUCAAUGGAGGGAUGGAACACCACUAGCAUUGAUAGAUCCAACAAUUGGAGAUACACAUGCUAGAAAUGAAGUUAUCCAGAGCAUCCAUAUUGGCUUGCUAUGCGUUCAAGACAAAAUUGAACAAAGGCCAACCAUGGCUUCAGUAGUCCUUAUGCUCAACAGUUACUCUAUAACGUUGCCUGCACCUAAUCCACCUGCAUAUUUUGGUCAAAGUGGAAUACAAAGCUUGCCUAACAAUUUACCAGAAUUUGAUGCCUCUAGUGGCACCAAGUUUCUACCAAGCUCCUCGAUGAACGAAGUUUCAAUUACUGAAUUAUAUCCCAGAUAA